AUGGUACUUGGUAAACCAAAACAGAAAAAGUCAUUUAAACCGAAAUUGACCAAGGAACAAAAAGAAGAGAAAGAACUUCUUAUUACUAAAAAGAUUACUAAACUUGCUAAUGCCAUCAAGAUACCGCCAGCUAUUAAUCAGUUUAAGACUCGACUUGGUGAAGAAGAUUUUAAAAAGGCAUUAGAGUUAUUUUCUAAAUACAGACCCGAGACCCAUGAUGAGAGACUUGAAAGAUUAAAGAAAAGUGAUCCUAAAGAGGGACCUAAGCCAAUUAUUGCAAAAAUGGGAAUAAGACAUGUUACUAGACUUAUAGAAACCAAAAAGGCUAAAUUUGUGUUAGUAGCAGCAGAUGUUGAUCCAAUUGAAGUUGUUUUAUUUGUUCCUACUCUCUGCAAGAAAAUGAAUAUUCCUUAUGCGAUAGUAGAAAGUAAAGAAAUGCUUGGUAGUGUUGUUAACUUAAAGAAGACAGCUAUACUUGCCUUAUGUGAUGUUAAAUCUGAGGAUAAGAAAGAUUUUGACGCGCUUAUUAAAGCUAGUAAUGAGUUAUUUAGUGAUCAAUAUGAGACACAUUUGACUAGAUGGGGUGGAGCAGCUAUUAAGAAUUAA